AUGAGGUCCGUGCAGCUCCCCAUGAUCCGCAGCUGUGGGCUGGUGCUCGCCUUAAUCGAGGCCUCUCCGCGCCGUGCGCUGUCGGGGCGUCUGAGCUUCGCGUCACGUACUGCCGUGGCCGCUCUCUUGUGCAGUCGACGCUGGCACGCGGAUGUAGCGCCACCAAGUGCCGAAUAUGCCGCUCCUACAGCUCGACACCUUCCGACGGCGGCGGAGGCGGAAGCCGAACUCCAGGCAUGGGUCAGCAGCGCUGAAGGCUCGUCGACGCUUGCGCUCUCGGGGAAGUCGCUGGUGCUCUGUGUAGCAGCCCUGCAGCUGCAUGAAGCCGCCGCGGCGACACAGAACAGCACCACGAGUAGCACCAGCUUGACAGAACUUGUACACCGCUACCUUGGUGCGCUCGCCAUGCACAUCUACAAGCGCUUCAAUGCACCGGGGAAGCCAAGCGCGGCGGCGGUGCUCUAUGCCGAUGUCGGGUCCGCCCAUAUCCGACCCGAGUCCUUGCAAGCCUCUGUGCAGUAUCUCGCGCACAACGCCUUUCGAAGCAGCGUUAGCAGUGCCUCUGUACGUGAGGACGCGAGUCAGGUCGCGCGUGGGACGGCUACCGAUCUUGCAGACACUCUAGGCGCUGAGCGCGACCUGGAGCUUACGCUAGAGGCUACCCUGGCACUGCUCGCCGGUCACCAGAUCUCGCAGGUGCACCUCGCCGCCGUGGCAGCGAAGGAAGUCGGCACAGCUGCGACGACGGCUGCCAUGCUGCCUCACGCCGAGUCCACCUGCUACUACAUCAGCAAUGUCGUGGCCCUCAUCUCGAAACCUUUGCAAGCACCACCGACACCGUCUGUAGCGCCGGCAGCGGUGUGGUCGUUGCCCCCUGCAAAGCGCGAGUUCUGGACGCACACGGCCAAGCAACUCACGUCGGUGCUUUACGUGGCACUUCUUUCCGCGCAGUCGAACUUCACAGAUGCGGAGCAUGUCAGGCAGAUGUUCCGCGAUCUGCUGCGCAGGGUUUAUGGCGCGGAAGGCGGCACGUUCGGCAUGAUGCGCUCGCUCCACUAUACGCUGACGGUGGCUGUGCCGUACGUACUAAAGAGCUUCGCGAUGAUAUUGAGCGUCUUCCAGCAGCAGCAGCAGCGCGCGGCAGCGGAAAGAGCGGCGGCAGCCAAGGACGGAUUGGGCGCUAGCGCAAGGGCCAACAGUAUGAGCACAAGCGCAUCAUCUACUGGCUUCCCGUGGCCGCAGAAGGUGGUCUCCGCCAAAGCACCAGGCCCUGUGACGGCUGUGGGUCCAUCCUCAGAAAAAAUGCACUGGGCAACGCUGCUGGUGUUGUGUGUAGCAGCGGUGCUGUACAUGGUGUCCUCACGCAGCGACCUCUUUUUCGCAGCGACGCUAUCCUCCUCCUCGUCUCGACUGACCUCCGCCACGGUGGAGCAGGGGGCGGACAGGGAGAUCAUGCAAACACACAAGAAGCUCUCCGCCAUGGCAGCGUCAGCCACGGCCCCGCAGCUAAAGUAA